CUUGUCUUACUUGGAACCCAAAUAUCUCAGGAACCACCUAAUUCCCAGAAGAAGUAAACACAGUUUUUCAUGGCUCAACAUGCUCUCUUGAAUGACAGCUCUCAUUGAAAUCGGUUUCUGGUAUUACGAUUACUUCUCAUGUUAGUUGUUUAAUAAUUUCUCUGUUAGUUGUAUCUUUUAAAACAUUUGUUUAAUAUUAGAGGUUUCAAUUGUGGUUUCAAACAAGUUAUUGGUUUUUAAUGGUCAAUUAUGGAUCACAGCAGUGACGAGGAGUCACCCAAUGUUUCAUAUCCAACUCAUUCGUUUACUAUGGUUGUUGGAAGUCAAACCUUUUAAAACGGGAUAUUGAUACAGAGUCAACUAUUGUGACCGUUCAAUUGAAAGUAAUGUUAACUCAAAAAAUCUCCUGUUUAAAAUGGACAUUUAUGGCUUUUGUGGCUGAUUGUGUUUAUUGUGGUUUUUAGUAUAACCUGAAAAAAAUCAUGAAAAAAUGAAAAACUUUUAUUUUUGUUGCCAGGCAACGUUUAUGCACUAACUAGUCGGAUCCGAUCAUUGAAUCGUAUCUGUUUCAUUCUGGUCUAACAUUUUUGUUUGUACCACCAUUUUGUUUUGUUUUUUGCAAUUUCGGCCUUUUGCCUGAUUAAUUUAAACUUUUACUUCGUUAUUUUAUUUUUUUACUGCUCCAACAUGUCCACAAACUCCAGUCAGGCGACAAAAGCCUUCAAGCCCAAGCAACAGUCUGGUGACAAACCACAGCUACACCUUCACAAGCAUCAACAUCAACACCAGCACCAACAUCAGCAUCAACACCAGUCAAAUCGUAAUCCAGGCUUUAAAGGCAAUAAUCCAGGGCCUAGUAAUGGUGGCAACAAAGGUGGUCCACAUAAAACGGUCCAUGUUCAUCAUUUUUACCAUAAAGAUGGCAAGAGUAAUAACGGCAGCGCCAACAACAACAACAACAACAGCAACAACAAAAACAACAACAAUAGUAACAAUAACAACUUCAAGCCUCGACAACAACCGCACAACAAUAAUCGUCAACAGCAAUAUCAACAACGACCACCAAACCGACAAAGGCAACAACCUCCACAAGAAGAACCAAAACAAAGUAACAUCUGGGGAGAAGUAUUAGGCCAAGUUUUAUCCUCAGUCGUAGUUGCAGUUGUCAACGCAAAAAAAGAUAGCCGAUGAAUUUUUUAACGAACUUUAAUUAUCUCAACUCUUAUCCAUUGACCUGUCCUGUUCAAUCCUGUUCAAGUGUCUUUAAGACGUAAAUUUUGAGAAAUUAAUUGAGUUUAUACACAAACUGCACAAAAUAAUAAUUGCCUUGUUUAUAUCAAUUUUAUGCCAAUAAACAUUUAUACGUGUACAA